AUGGCGAUGGUGAAUGGCGAAAGCUGGUCGACAAGAACGGUCCAGUCUCAUCCGCGCUGUGGCGCUCUUCGAUCCGACUGCGCCGCGUUGUACAAGACCGACAAAGCACUGGGGUUUGACACAGCAAGAUGUGCUGUGGCGUUGAAAAUAAAGCUUGGGUCGCGGGUAGGGUCACCGACGGUCGAGGCCCCGGCAAUGGGGGGAGGAUCAUGGAUUGGAUUGAUGGGUUUGGAGACAUUUUGCGAGUUUGAUGUGCGAGAGAAUUUAUACGCGCCUCCUGGUUGUUUGGGGAGGCAGAAUGGGGAGGAUGAGUAUAGGUGGGUAUAUCUAGACUGCCCACCGCCGGCGUUUGGGGGGGGGGGUCUGAUUUUACUUUGGUUCACUCACUCAACACGCGCUCAUUUUCUCAUUCUCUCGCAGUCGGUUAUCAACUCCAACUCGCAGCUGGUCUGCCAUUCUAUCGUUUUUUUUCUUCUUUUUGUUUUUCGAUUCCGCUCUUUCGCCGGUUAUUCACUUGAUACUUACCAUCUAUCCGCCAAAAUGAAGUUCUCCCCAACCCUCCUCUUUCUGUCAGCGACCUCCCCCCUCGCAUUGGCUAUCGCCUCCCAUCAAGACAACCCCGCCGUCCCUGCCCCCUCUGGCUCUGGUACUCCUGUCCUGCGUCGCUCUGACGCGGGUGACACGGCAGUCAACGCCCGCCAGCGUCGCGCUAUGCUUCGAAUGCGGCAACCGGGGACGGCUGAUGAUGAGGCUGUCGCUUACACGACUGAGGCAGCAGCGCCUGCCAGUACUACCGAACCCCCAGCUGAGGAGGAUGUGACCGAAGAGGAAGAAUGUGUAGAUGUUGAAGUCCCGGAUCUUGCGAACGGCACGCUGCCUCUCAAUGGGACAGAAGGAGGGAACGGGACGGCGAACGGGACGACGUUGUCAGAGCAGGAGUUGAAGGUCAAGAGGAUGGUCAAGGUCAAGCUGCCGGAUUAUAGACGGGAUGGGGAGGGGGUCAAGGAGAGGGAUGCUGAGGCUGAGCUGGGGGUAAGUUAUCACCUGGUAGACGAAUGA